CUGGGUGUCCUGCUGCGUGUCCUGCUGCGUCCUCCGCCCCUCCGCCCCUCGCCCCUCGCCGCCGCCUCCCGCUCCCCCACGUCUGCCAUGCUGGCCCUGCGCUGCAGCCACCGCCUGCUCGGCCUGCUCCCCGGCCCGCGCUGGGCGCCCCUGCGCCUCCCGGCAGCCCGCGCCUGCAGCGGCGGCCGCGACUCGUCUCCUUCGUCCACGGGGAACCCGCUGGUGUACCUGGACGUGGACGCUGACGGGCAGCGGCUCGGCCGCGUGGUGCUGGAGCUGAAGGCCGAUGUGGUUCCCAAGACAGCAGAGAACUUCCGAGCCCUGUGCACUGGCGAGAAGGGCUUUGGCUACAGAGGGUCUACCUUUCACAGGGUAAUCCCGUCCUUCAUGUGCCAGGCCGGCGACUUCACCAACCACAAUGGCACAGGCGGCAAGUCCAUCUACGGGAGCCGCUUUCCCGAUGAGAACUUCACACUGAAGCAUGUGGGGCCAGGUGUCCUGUCUAUGGCCAACGCAGGCCCCAACACCAAUGGCUCCCAGUUCUUCAUUUGCACCAUAAAGACAGACUGGCUGGACGGCAAGCACGUGGUGUUUGGCCACGUCAAGGAGGGUAUGGAAGUGGUAAAGAAGAUUGAGGCUCUGGGCUCCAGGAGUGGCAAGACAUCCAAGAAGAUUGUCAUCUCGGACUGCGGCCAGCUGAGCUAAUCAUCAGCCUCCGGCACCCGACACAGGCACCAGGGUGUGUCGGCUCACAGGCAGAUGUGCCCGUGUCCGGAAGGGCUGUCUGCAAUCUUUCCACUGGUCGCAGGCCACCACUCAUGGCUCCCGACAUCCUCCAGCAUCCGCCCCUCCUCUGUUUUAGGGGGCAUCCAUCCAGGAUAUUGUGUCACCUGCCUGCUCACCUCCUCUUCCAGCUUUGCCUGCU